CGCUCUCUCUCUCUCACACACACGCACACACACGCACACACACGCACACACACGCACACACAGCACAUCCUUCAGCCCCGGCCCCGCGCCAGCUCCGGGCGGAGGCGGAGUGCCCGGCCCCAGCGCCCGGAGAGACGAGGCCUGUGGCUGCCGAGGCCGCUGAGCAGGGCCAGGCCGGGCCCUGCCCACCAGGACGCCCAGGCCCCUCACCGGCCCCGGGAGCCCGCCAGCUCUCCUGCCGGCCCCGCCAUGACCUCGGAGCCCACGUCGGCCCCGGUCGUGCCCCCGCUCGACUCGCCCAAGUCCCCCGUCUGGCCCACCUUCCCCUUCCACCGGGAGGGCAGCCGGGUCUGGGAGCGGGGCGGCGUGGCCACCCGGGACCUGCCCAGCCCCCUGCCCACCAAGCGGACCAGGACGUAUUCGGCGACAGCCCGCGCCUCGGCCGGCCCCGUGUUCAAGGGCGUCUGCAAGCAGUUCUCCCGCUCACAGGGCCACGGCUUCAUCACCCCCGAGAACGGCUCCGAGGACAUCUUCGUGCACGUGUCUGACAUCGAGGGGGACUACGUCCCCGUGGAGGGCGACGAGGUGACCUACAAGAUGUGCCCCAUCCCCCCCAAGAACCAGAAGUUCCAGGCCGUGGAGGUGGUGCUCACCCAGCUGGCCCCGCACACGCCCCACGAGACGUGGUCCGGGCAGGUCGUGGGCUCCUAGGCUGGGCGGGCGCCCCCCGGGGGGACAGGCGGGCAGGCUCCUCGCCCCACGGCACUGGCCGGCCCGGUCCCCCAGGCAGCCUCAGUGCGCACGUCUGUCUGUCUGUUUUGCCCGUGUGCUUCCAUCCAGCCCCGUGACCUGUGACUGUUGUGUGAGCUGGACUGAGGGGGAGGCCACCGACCCGCCCUCUCUGCUUGUCCACUCUCCUUCCUCCCCUCCCUGCCAGGUGGGCACAGGCCCUCUCGCCCCUGCCCACCUGUCCUGUGGCCACUGCACCUCCAGAGCCUGCAUCAGGCCUGGGCUGGGCGGCGGGGGCACCCGGGGCUGCAGGGACAAGCUCCCCCGCAGCCUGGGCCUCUGGCCCUGCCCGGCCGGACUCUGCCUGUUUCUCAGCCCACCCUGGGCCCAGGCUCCAGUGCUGGCCCGCCCCACCCUCAGAAGCCAGGCCCUGAGCACUUCGGGGCCUCCAGCCUCCGGCAGGAGUGGUGACAGGUGGAAGCCAGCAGGCCCUCCUCGGGGGCUGGGCCAGGCCGCCUGCCUCCUCCAGCUCUCACCGCUCUCAGCACACUGGCGGUGGGAAAGGGCCUGAGGGCAGGAGGCAGCUUGGGGCUCCUUUUGCUGGCCAGUCCCUCCUCCUCAGCCUGGCAGUGGCUCUGUGAACCCCAGCCUGAGGUCCCAUCUUCUCUCCUGGCCACGUGGAAUCCUGCUGCCUCCAUUUCCCCAGGAGGUGCGGGUCUGCGGAGAGGGGGGUGGGACACCCCCCCAGCUUAGGUCUAGGACUCCCCUCUCCCUGACUCACAAGCCCCACGGACGCCCUGCCCGAGCCCAGCACAGUGGCUGGUGGGUGGACACGGCCCCUCAGGCAGGGCCAGACGGGCACCCACAGGAGCAGCCUCAACCUGGGAGGCCGCCAGCCCUGCCACCCUCUUCCCAAAGCCGAGAGGUGGCUCCCACCGGCCCCCAAGCCAGCGGCCGAGUUGUGGUUCCUGUUGUCCGUCCCUUAAGGUGUAUGCGUGUGUGCGUGCUGUGUGCAUGUGUGUUGUAUGCGUUCACUCUUGGGUGGGGGGAUUCCCCUUCCUCGAGCUCAUCGCCUGGUGGGGGUUGAAUGGGGUAAAGGGGGGCUGCCAGGACAGGCGGAGAGCCCGUCUGCGUGUAAACGGCUCAGAUGCCCAGCGUCAGGCGUCAGUGACGGUCUGGGACCCCCAGCCCUGAGGAUCCCCCAAGGCUCCAGGGUGGAGCCUGGCAGCCCCCCAGUGGGGAACGGCCCAGCCCACACCCACUCUGAGCCGGGCCCCGGCCUCUCCGUGCGGGAACAAGGACUCCCUGGCCUCAUGGGCAGGUUUACUGCUGCAGGUUAACCCCUAGGAGCCCCAGGGCCCGUCCGGAGAGCAGAGCCCCCUCUGCAGGCACUGGCGAGGGGGCCGUGGGACGCCAGCCCUGGGGCCACCCGGGGCGGCAGAGGUCAGGGGCAUGCUGUCACUCACACCCGUGUCCAGUCACAAACCCUCCGAGGCCCCACCCCGGUCCUCCUCACACUGGCAAUAAACCCUCAACUGUGACUCAG